GAGCGCAGCUGCCGUGCAUUCGGCUGCGUGUUUGUGUGCGUGCGUGCGUGUCCCAAUGCGAACAAGUUGAUUAUUGUUGGACUUUUUUUUUGUUUAAAGAAGAAAAUGUCUUCAAAGAAGUGCUGACGAAGUAAGUGUUUGUUUGUUUAAUGUGAAGUAAUGAAGUGGGAAACAAACAACUUUACUGCGCGCGACCCCCGGAAAGCACGCGCAAUCUACGCACUUUAAUCAAUUUUAUUCCAGCUGAUGCUUUGGGCCGCGCACGGAGGUGCCGCGUGCGCGCGCGUGUGCCUUCUUUUCAAUGUGCAGAGUCAUUCAUGUCUGUUCGUUCAUGAGAUAGUAGAACACGUCACGUCACGGGAGGCGAGAAACACGACGCCGUGGAGGAGAAAAAGUGUCCGCGCUUUGGCCACGAACACGCGCAAAAUGCUCAAGACUUUGACAAAGAAGCUCAGGAGACAUUCACUCAAUGAGAUCCAUCCGUUAAAACUCAAGAUUUCUUACCACGGCGGUGUUGAGGGUGGAGAGAGUGAUGACUCAGAGGGUGAGAACCAGGAGCUUGCACAGAUUGAUAGAGAGAGAAGAAGGAACUGUGCACUCACCCCUUUGGCUACCAGCCAGCAGCACAACCAGGGCCCACUCUCUCCAGCCCGUUUACGAUGCCUCCGCCUCCUCCUGGAUGCCAAUCUGGAUCCUCACUCUUCAGAGGAAGAACUUGAGAAAAUCAGCUGUGGAGACAACAGGAAGUGGGUGUCUGCACUUCCUCAGUGUCAUAGCGACCACCACAGUAGUGCCUCCAGUGAUGAGGAGGUGCGGGACCUCUGUGGUUGCAAGUCACCAGCUGCCUCUGCCAGUCCUCUAGUUGUACCGAACAGUUGCCUGGCCAACUCUCCCAGCCCCGUGCUCUUCAGCUCCAGCCCACCACGCAGCCUCAGGCCACCCCCCAUGCGCUUUCAGCUCCAGGUGGUUCAGCCAGUGACGCGACCUAUUAUCCUGACGCACUUUGACCAGUCGGUUGCCCCUUACCGGAAAUAUCGCCAAAGCUAUAGCGGGGAGCCGGGGAGGCCAAGUCUAGACCUGGAGAAAAUGCAACAGAAAAUGCUGCUGAAGAACUGUGGAGGAAAAACACGGAGCAUAAAGAUCCGAAAUUUAACUGGCAGUCGUCCUCCGCCCCAGGUACUCCUACGAUCCGUCCAUCUUUGCCUUCCAGUCCCUCAGCACAGUUCCCCCGUGCAGCCCGCUGACCCUGUCUGAAGAUCCGCCGUGUUCUUAAGGAAGUUCACACCCACAUGGCUGUUUUUCAUGCUGCCUGCCACAGAACAAGCAGUGAGUGCAACAAUAGACCUUUGACUCUGAC